UGGGGGGGGUUGUUCCCCGGGCAGACGGCUCUGAUGUUCUUUAAACGCCUUUUCUUAGGUCCGACAAUAUGGUGUGUGCCACUAAACUCUCCUGACGGAAUUUAAUGUAAUUAAGGGAUUACAGUGCUGCAGCUCCAAGGCUGGAAAUAUUUACUAUAGACUGCCGGCGGAGGUGUUUGCAUGCUCUGAUGCACAGUCGGGUCGCAGCGUCUUUUUCUUUUUUAAAACCACUCGUUUUGACAGCAUAGAUUGUUAUUGUAGAUCUGUUAAGUUAUUGGCGAGGGGAGAUUUUCCGUCGAGGAGUGGAGCUCAUUACGCACAGCCAAGACGCACGAGUGGAGAUGACAACUAUAAAGCGGAUACACUAAUAUCUUUGGGUUUAUGAGGCUCUGAAGACGAACGGCAACCAUCUUUGUCCGAAACCAUUUUCUGUUAUGGCUGUCUCCUCUCUGCCGGAAUGGAAGCAACUCCUGCUGGAGAAAAAGAGGAGAGAGGAGGAGGAGAGAGAUAGGAGGGAGAAAGAGGAGGAGAAGAAGUUCGCCAGCAUGCCCGCCUGGAAGCAAGGGAUCAUCCAGCGGAGGAAGGCGAAGCGGGACAGCUUGGGUGACAGGGAGAAGGAGAGAGACGUCUGUCUGCUGCAGGUGGAUAUCAGAUCUGCGUCUGACGGCCUGAGUGACACAGACAGCUUUGUGACGGGCAAUUUGGAGAGCGAAACGUCACUCAGUCCAGAUCCGGGGCUGUGGCUGGAUGGAGACCUCAAACAAGCCGGUCAGGUGUCUGAGGAAACUCUAGUUCCAUUCCAUGAAAACCCAUUUAUUCUCACGCAGAGUGCAUGGAGGAAGGGCAGGGAUGGAGAAGGCGAGCCGGAAGUUAAGGAGAAAUUGAGCUCCAGGGGUCAAGAUGGGGAGUCGGGAAGAGGAAGAGAUAUCGAGCUGAAAAUAGAGAGAUUCAGAGAUGCGAGUGAAGGACGGGAGAAAGAAAGGAGCAGGGACAGGAGUCAAGGAAGAGAAAGAGAGAAUAGCAACCAGUGGAUAGAGUCAGUUAAAGAUGCAGUCAGGGAGCGGGAAUUCCUCAAAGUUAGAAAAGACGAGGAGGAAAAAGAAACAGAUUUACCAUGCAGUGCGUUUUCUCCACACGUCCAGUGUCUUCGGACCAUCCGAGCCGACAACAUCAUCAUCAUCGAGCAGGAGAGGAAAACCAGUGAUGAGAGAAGGGCUAGAUGGAGGGAGGCGGAGAGGCCCGAGGAGGACCACCAGGGGAAGAGAGGGAUGAAGAUGGACCUGAGGGAGAUCCUGGCCGGAGGAGGGAGCAUCACCGAGAUCCGAGCCUCCGAGGUUCUGAUCAUAAAGCCCUCGGCGAGUCCUGAAGAGAGGAGUCCGGAGGGAGGAAGAGGAAGGAGAGGUUCGGGUAGGGAGGAUGGAGAGAUAAAGUUGGAUGGAAGGAAGGAGAGUUUUGGCAGGGAGCUCAGAACGGACAUAUCGUGGCUGAGAGAAAAAGAGAAAGAGAGACCGUGGGGCCACGCGACGGUCAUCAAAGACGAGAGGAAGGUGAGCUUGGAUGAUAACCUGUUUGUUGAAAGAGGAGGGAGGGUCAGCCAGCUGGUGAGUAAAUUCGGACAGUACCCCAAGCCUCCGUCUCGAUCCAAAAGCUCUGAUAAUUUCCUCCCGCCUAGGAGGAGAAAAAACUCAGGAGAUGAAGAUGACCAACAAUUUGAGGCAGACGGGAAAGGUAUGCCCAAACGCUCAUUUAGCUUCUCCGAUCGUGUCAUCUGCGGUAAGGAGAAUGGUUUAGAUGACGAUGGGUAUCAUGAGAAGAUAUCGCGCGAGAGGAUAUUAGACAAGAGCAUAACGGCGACGGUCGACGUUGCAGGCCUAGGGAAGGAAACCACAGCGAAGAUCAAACUGGGGUGUGCGCAGCUUUUAGAUAAAGACCGGUUUGGAAAGCAUAGAGAUGGACAUUUAAAAAAUGAGGAUGAAAAGGGGAGGAGAAAUGAAGCAGAAAUCUGCGUCUCCAUCCAGCACAGGAGCGAAGUUAAGAAAGUGGAGCCCGUCGACUUGAGGGCUGCGGAAAGGGAACUUGAUGCGGAUGGAGACGAGGGGUUCACUGUGGCGUCAGUCAAAAACACAGAGGGGAUCUCGUUUGCUAGGAAAGUUGCGAUCAAGCAGGAUGGGAGAGCGAGAGCUGAAAGAGAGGCGAGGCAACAGACAGGUGAGAAAAGUUUAGAGAGGGAGAUGAGUGUAGAAAAAGAUUCAGAGGUCGGGGGACAGAUUGAGGCGCAAGUUUGCACCAAAAAGGUGUCAGAAGAGGGAUUCGAAAGCACAAUCUCACCUGAAACUAUGCACGUCGAAUCAGCUUUCACAGAGUGCUCCGGUCUACUCUGUGCCGUCACAGAUAGGGCUAGAGACCCCCAUAGAGGGCCAGAGUGGAGUGGUACAGGGCCACAAGGACCUUACCUAACACACUCCGGUUUGUCCCAACACACAGAGGAGCUUAUAAGUAAAAUCGAGAAAGUAGGAGACACAACUGUUUAUAGCAACGAGAAAGGAGAAAGGGCUUACAAGCCUGCGUAUGAAUUGACCAAAGGAUCAGAUCAAGAUAUGGGAUUGGAGAACCUCACUCACGAUGUGAUGCCCAGAUCUCCGAAAAGGGUUGCACCAAUGGGGAUCCCCCCAGGUCCCCUGGAGAUUAAAAUUCCCAGAAGUGUGUUUUACGUUGCCGAAGAAAUGGCGGAGAGAAAAAAGGGCGCAGGUCAAAGCGAUGAGGGGCAAGACCGGGAAGGAGGUAAAGGGGUCGAGAGGAGGGACAGCUGGAGGAUCGGAAAACCCUUGAGCCGCGUUGAGUCCCUGCGAGAGAAAAUCAGACAAAGAGAGAGGCUGAGACAGAGCGAGGCAGAAGAUGUAGGCGGGAGUGAAGGUGAAGAGAUAAACGACACCCAGACACCGGCUGGGGACAGGCAUGACGAGAGGGGAACUGAAAUAGAGAGAGAGUGGGAAGCUGCAGCUCAUAUGCGGAAGAGGCUGGUCGAGGCAGAGAGGGGACAGGAAGAGGCAGCGCCGCAGACAUCCACGGCUGCGUUUGACGUCACACAGGAAGUCGGCGUGUUGAAAACCUGCUCUCAAAUUCCUGUUUCUGUCUUGCACUCACAAGCCGUCAGAGGAGAGGAAGUAACAAGCGGGUUCGCCACUGCUGCCUCCGAAGUUAUCUAUGACCAGAUAUCUGAGGAUGAAAACGAGCCCCAGAAACAUGUGGAAGAAGAGCUGAGGCGCCAACACGAGAACCGAGAGGAAGAAAGGGAGGAGGAGGAGGAGGAGGAGGAAGAAGAGCUCUCAGAGGAGGAAGAAGAAGAAUAUACAUCGCCUCUCGAUCCUGUGCAAUCUCUCUCCCCUUUGCCACCUCAUCCCAACUCCCUCGCAGCCAUGAGCCGGAUCUACAACUUGGAAACAGUAGGCUCGAGGUCGGGCUUGUGUCUGAGGGACAGAACUGUGGACAUCCCAUCAGUGCACCUUUUAAAAGUGAAGCCCCUCGUGUCGAACGCACAGCAGGGGGACAGCAAGACAUUCUCAGGAGAGGACAUUUGCGGGGUUCAGACGAUACAACGACAGAUAGAGCAGUUUCAGCUGAAAGAGCAGGAAACGCUCAAGUCUUGUACGCCAUCAAACACCCUUUUUAAGGACAGAGAGCCAAAGGGGCAGCAAAUCCCCAGACGGGUGUUCAAGCACCAGGUAAAGGACGAUGCCAAAGCCCCGGAGAAAGAUCAAGACACGUCAGAAUCGAACCCCAAAGUGUCUCCUUGGCGUGCUCGUUCUCCAACCUCUCAGCUCAAACAAUCUAACCGAGCUACCAUCGCCCCCUCACUUCUCAGGAGCCAAUCCCCGGACAAUACCCUGAGACCUUCGGAUAACGCCCCGACCCCAACCUCCUCCCCGAGCUCUUUGUCUCCUGCCCAGUCUCCUAGCAUCUCUCCAUCCUCAACCCCAUCGCCCACGCUCUUCUCCAUCAGGAGUGCCUCCGGAGGCCAAGUCAAGAGAGGUGCCACCAUCACAAUCACCCCAAAAAAGCCUGCUGGAGGAGGAGGAGUGACAGGGCCAACAACGGGGUGCACGGCAGUAGGGUCGAAACCCUCAAAGACCUCAUCGCAGCAGGCCCAGACGACCUCCGGUGUGGCAGAGCCGGUGAAGAAGAAGUACCCCACGGUGGAGCAGAUCGAGGUGAUUGGCGGAUAUCAGAAUCUGGACAAGUCCUGUCUGAUCAAGAACAGAGGGAACCCGAAAAGGGGAAAGGUGUGUUUCGACGAGGACCAGCUGGAGCAGGUAUGUGAGUACCCAUCAGAGACCUCCAUGCUGGCGUGCACCCCCUACCCUCAGGACCUGUGGAGGAUGGACAGGCUGCAGGGAGAGGAGUCGCAGGAGGACGAGGCUGAAGUGGACGGAGGAGCGAUCGUGUCCAAAAGCACGAGGAACAUGGGGAUACAUGUAACGGGAGGGGGUCUAAGAGUGGGUCAGUGUCACCCCCUUCUCAAAAAACACAACGUGUAAUGAGUGAGAUUAUGGGAUCACAUUGUAUUUGCCAUUUUUUGAUGUUUCACUGUGAAACUCUCCACAGGUUUGGACUUUACUCAGGCUAAGAUGGCAUUUAUUUCUCUGUUUAUUUUCACUAUUGUGUUGAAGUUGAUAUGUCUGGCAAUAUUAUACUGCCUACCUUUCUUAUUGUCAACAAAUCAUAGGACCAAAAUCCAGAAUUACUUAUUGUAUUUGUUGUGAAGCCAAUGUCUGAUUUAGCUUAUUUCUCUGCACCAUAGAGCUCUAUGUAUAAACACACAGGCCUAAAUGAGCCACAUUGUUGUACUGGGUGACGUGUUCAUUCAUUACGAAGAACGUGGGCACUGUAGUUUCAUUCUGAGUCAAUUCCACGUCAUAAAUACUCACUAGCACCCGAUGUUGUGCUAGUUUUGGUCGGAGACGGUAACGUUUCUCGCUGCGGAGCUCCAUCACUUCACCUCUGUUGGUCUGGAGGAGCUGCAGCAUUUAUUUCUGCACAAACGUCCAAUGUACAUUCACUAGAUAUUCUCAGAGCUAAACUAACUCUUCUGCAGUAUGUAGUGUGCGCGCAUGCACGUGAGAUUGGAGCGAGAACGAGCGCGGCGUGUGAGUGAAGGCAAGCAGGCAGCGGAGCAGAUACUCCGUCCCUGUAGAUCAAAGCUACGAUCUCUCCCGCGUCCUACGACCGCGGUCAACACUGUUUUGCAAGACAGGCUUCACUACAACUUUGCGAUUUUGGUUCUUCCGUGUAGUUUAUGUUGGAGUCUCGUCUGAACAGCGUAACCACACGCGAUGGCGCAUGGGACACCGACCCGGAUUGAUUUAUACGUGUAAGAAGUUACAAACAGUCCCUUUAAUUGAUGAGGUGAACUAAAAGUGCUAGUUAGUCACAGUAACUUCCUUUUAUUUUCUCCUGACAGUGCUGUUUCUUUCCCUCUUUGUUCUCAGGGAUGGACAUUAUUUCAUUCAGUCGGCUAAAUAGUUAUUGAAGAGGGGAAAAGCGAGCUUGCUAACUGACAGUGCUUACCAACAGUUAGCAAGCUAAAGCAACUUUGUUAGUUUGUUUGCUAACGUAACAAUGAGUUCACAGUUUGUGACCUGACUUCCUGAGUUUUUACCAAAUAGUAGUUGGUUAGCAGUGUGGGGCAAGCUCGGCAUAUAGUGAAAUAAAGUCUAAAAACUCCAACAUUGGUUUUAAAUGCAGCAAUGGAAAAUGUAAGUUUGGUAAAAAAAAAAAAUUUUAUUAGAGAGCGAUUGGAUGGUAUAGUUUAAUUUAUGGUCCUCACAAAGCCAUAAAUGUCACUGUUGGUGAAUGGGAAGAAAAUAAAGUAGAAUAGAAAUCCUAGAUUCACCUUAUUUACCUUCCAUCUCCGUCUCUCUGUCUUCCAGAUGAGUCUUGCCCUCGGUAGAGGCCAGUCACCUUCGCCAAAAAAUUGCCCAUUUGACAAGAUCACCAACAUUUAUGUUGACCUGAUUUUUUAUUGUGUUUUGUUUUAAUCUGAAUUGUUGAAAUGAGAAUGUUUUGUAAAUCCUUGUGGUGUUUUUGUUUGUAUCUAGCAUCAGAGUGAAUGCGUUUUGUGGAAGGAAAUGUACAGUCUGAUACAUGCAGUUGAACAUACUUGUAUUUACAGGGUAAAAUAUUUCACCUUGUUUUAUUUUCAGGGAAAUUGAGGGACAAAAUGUUGAAUGUAUUGUACAUUAUGAUAAAAGACCCUCAGGUGUGCACUGCUGGGCGAUGACGGAUCACUUGUCUAUGCAAUAUGAUGAUACAUUUUUAGCUAAUAUAUUUGAUAGUUUAUUUUCUGUUAAUUACUUUCUAUAUUUAAAGUCUGCCUCAGCACAGAAGAGUGAUUAGAUGUUUAUAUCAUCUGGUUUCAUGUGCCUGCUGGAUUUGCCCAUACAGAUGAUAUGAAGGUUUAUAUAGAUUUAUUUGAUUUUUCUUGACUGAAGCCUUUUUUUGGAAAAAAAAGCCUCCUCUCUGUGGGUGUUGAACGUUGCAGGAACACGGGUUGUGCAAUGUGUGCAGGACGACCUUUACAGGUCUGUGGUCUUUUGUGGGGUUUAACUGAAGCCUUACUGUUCACAAUGACAACUCUGGUAACAGUUCAGUUAAUGUGUGUGGAUAUGAAUAAAGGUAUUAUUUUGUUAUUGCAUUAUUGUGUCAUGUGGAAGUGGAGAGUGCUGUGUGAGUUCCUGAGAGGAAGUUGUGUUGAGUUGAAACAUAAACAAUUAACAGAUCAUCAUAUUACAGCUGCUAUCUGACUUCUCCCUGUUCUAUGUUUAUAAUACAAUAUAUAUAUACAGAGUGUUUCUUGUUUGUAAAUGUAAUUGAUGAAAGAAGAUUCUAAUAAUUCUGUGUGAAUUAUUUUUUGCUAUGAUGGUUGAAGAAGCUGGCUUCAAGAGAAUAAAUCUAAUACAUAUCUCAGAAAACA